UGAUACAUUGCCAGUAAAUAGCCACAUCCAUCCAUCCAUACUGUGCCCAAAGCCUGGUGGAGCCGUCUACCACCUGGUUUACAUCUUGGUUUCAUCUGGCAACACAAAUGUCACCCAUUUUGAGCCAGGUGUUCCUCUGCUGAGCCAGUCUAGGAAUUUAAGGAUUGAUUGGCUUUUUCUUCUGAUCAACACCCUCCCUUCCUCCCUCCCUCCCUCCCUCCCUUCCUUCCUUCCUUCCUUCCUCCCAACACCUUACCUACAUACCCACCUUGCCUCCCCCCUGAACCUAUCACUGGGUUUUUUGGGAAGAUGGGCUGUCUUGGCAAUAGUAAGACCGAAGACCAACGAAAUGAGGAGAAGGCACAGAGGGAAGCCAACAAGAAGAUAGAGAAGCAGCUCCAAAAAGACAAACAGAUGUACCGGGCGACUCACCGGCUACUACUAUUAGGGGCCGGUGAAUCCGGAAAAAGCACGAUAGUCAAACAGAUGCGGAUACUGCACGUCAAUGGCUUCAACGCAGAGGAGAAAAAACAGAAAAUUGAUGAUAUUAAAAACAACAUUAAAGAAGCUAUAGAGACGAUUGUGGCUGCCAUGAAUACGCUCGCACCGCCAUGCAAGAUCGCCUUUCCUGCAAACCAAUGCCGAAUCCAUUAUGUCCUGAACCAAGUAAUCCAGAAGGAUUUUGAGUUUCCUUCGGAGUUUUAUGACCAUACAAAGAGCCUCUGGCAGGACGAGGGUGUGCGGUCCUGCUGGGAAAGGUCCAACGAAUAUCAACUCAUCGACUGCGCACAGUACUUCUUAGACCGGAUCGAUGUGGUCCGGCAGAAUGACUACACACCCACUGAUCAGGACCUGUUGAGAUGCAGAGUUCUGACAUCUGGGAUCUUUGAGACACGAUUUCAAAUAGACAAAGUCAAUUUCCAUAUGUUCGAUGUUGGAGGUCAGAGGGAUGAACGUCGAAAAUGGAUCCAGUGUUUUAACGAUGUGACAGCCAUCAUCUUUGUGGUGGCGAGUAGCAGCUACAACAUGGUGAUCAGAGAAGACAAUCAGACCAACAGACUACAGGAAGCCCUCAACCUUUUCAAGAACAUUUGGAACAACAGGUGGCUACGGACCAUUUCGGUAAUCCUCUUCCUGAACAAACAGGACCUGCUCGCUGAGAAGGUGUUGGCAGGGAAAUCAAAAAUUGAGGAUUAUUUCCCGGAGUUUGCACGCUACACUACACCUGAUGAUGCAAUACCAGAGCCAGGAGAGGAUCCGCGGGUCACAAGGGCAAAGUACUUCAUUCGGGAUGAGUUUCUGAGGAUCAGCACGGCCAGCGGGGACGGACGCCAUUACUGUUACCCCCACUUCACCUGCGCGGUCGACACAGAAAACAUCCGCCGCGUCUUCAGUGACUGUCGCGACAUCAUACAGAGGAUGCACCUACGGCAGUACGAGCUCUUGUGAUGGGCAGCGGUCGUCCGGCUUACUUAUCUACCUACCAACCUACUUAUCCCCUCCCCCACCGCCCACCACGACCAGUUAGCCAAUCACCACCUCCACUUCCGCAAACUUCUUCACUGAAACAGCCGAGCCCUCCCCUCCAUCCUGAUACAGCUCAGCUUCUCCCAGUUCAGAAAAUCAGAACGGUGGAAAGACUUUUUUUUUUUUUUUUUUUUUUUCAUCAACCAUCAGACAGGACUGACUGCUGUACUCGGCUACAUCUUGACCCAGGAAAGAGGGUCAAGACUGGAAUCCCUCAGUGCAGACUAUCCCUCCUUUCAGCUCUCUCUCUCUCUCUCUCUCUCUCUCUCUGAUAUAUGAACACACACAAACACACCUACAGGUACACACACACUACAGCAUAAGACAUUCAGAGCGCUUAGAUUUAAUGUCUCAUAUCAAACACACACACACAGAGAACAUUUUACAACUAAGUCCUCCUGUUUUGAACAGUUGUGAGAGGCUGAAUGAAAUAAUGUAUUCUGAGAGAGGAGUUUAUUCGCUGCGUCCUGAAGACGACGGAGGGAGGAGGAGUGGAAGCGAACAAUGGACAUGGAGGGUGGCAAACUGAUACAGAUGGAGGUCUGUGAGCCUUUUUUUUGGUUGCCCGAACAGACGGACUAAUUGACUAACGGCUGCCUGUGGACGUGAGCGUGACUCGAUCAUAAGACCACGUGGCUCACAUGACCUGCUCUUCAAGUAACCAGUCGAGGAGGGACAGCAGAAAACAACAACAACAACAACAAAAAAGGAAGAAAAAAACUAAAAGAAAUACCAUAUAAUGCAUAAAUUCAUGCAUACCAGUGAACUUCAUGCAGUGCAAAAAAUUCAAGCUAUAUAUAUAUAGAUAUUUAUAUAUGUGUAUAUAAAUAUGUAUAUAUAUAUA